AUGUCCUCCCGAUUUGGUUCUGAACCACCUGCCAGAGAAUCUGAUUCCCCUCAGGAACAACGGUCUCUGUCUGAUACCAUAUCUUCCAAACCCGUCACUGAACCACCACGUCUUGCCCAGCUUGAUGUCUCUUCUUCUAUCCUUCCGUUAUCACAUCAAUGCAAUCGAGUUGUAGAAUUCGAACAAUCAGAAGCCGAGAAAUUCCUCCAGAGUCAAGCCUUAGUGAAUGUGGACAAGGAUGGGGGACAGAUGGGUCCAAGUAUGGCAGCUGUGGGGCAAAGCGGAGUGAAUGAUGUGGAUGAAGAUAGUCAAAGCGAGGGGGGGGAGAGCCAACCGAGCGUGGACGAGGAUGGGGAGCAGAGGGAUUCAAGUAGGGUCGCUGUGUGGCAAAGCGGAGCGAAUCAUAUGGAUGAAGACAGUCAAAGUGAGGGAGAGGAGAGCCAAAUCCGAGGAGAAGAGAGUGAUGGCGAGGUGGGAGGGAGCCAAAGUGAGGUGGGAGGGGGCCAAAGUGAGGGGGAAGACGAGAUUGAUCAACUCCAUGCCGACAGUGACGGCCAAAGUGAGGGGGAAGACGAGAUUAAUCAACUCCAUGCCGACAAUGACUACGAGGCUCUGACCAGCGCGGGCCAGUUGCAACUCGUACGGAUCGAGGACGGCGACUUUCAGCCUUCAAGGUCCUCAAAUAACCCAAGAACACCCCCCCGCAAUAGUGAGCGGGGUCUUAUUCCAUCCCCAAUGGAGGUUGACGCACCUGACCACCGCUCCGGGUCUUGCGACAAUGUACCAGCUCAGCUCGCUAAAGAUGGGUUGAACCGCACCGACACCGCUCCCAGAAGUAGCGCUGAUGAUCAAUCCAAUUCCGCUCCAAACAUUGGAGAAUUACCAACACGGAAGGAGCUCAACAUCUUUCUCAGUGUUAUCCAACAACAGGUCUUACAUUGCGCUGAAGAUAAGAAAUUGGGCACGAAGUAUAUGAGCACAACACUUUUGAAGCGCGAUUUCGCCGCCCUUUCGACGUGGAUUCCAAGGCUCCUUGAGCUGAAGGGAAGACCUGAGUCAGAAAGAACAGACGAUGACAGGGAGGGAAAAUCAGACGAAACACCUCGCACAUACAAUGCACCUCGCACAUACAAUGUUCGUCAUCAUGACGAGUCUCACCUGAGACUCAAGCAAAACGUGCGACAUUUGGCGGGCUCCAUUCUUGGGCGGCCGCAGCAACCUUUGAAAGUCCCUUCAGAAAGCAGGCUCAAACUCUUCCAAUCAUCGAAAAAGAUGGCGAAUGGCCCUAGUCUCGAGGAUCUUGAACUGGAUUUAGUCGGCAACUCGCUGAAAUCCGAGUGGAACAAACGCGUUGCGUAUCUUUUUGCAAAGCGAUACCAAGAGACACCAGACUUCCUUUCCCAGGAACAUAAUGACAAGGCGGUGGAGAAGGCUUUUUUUGCCCAUCUUCCAACUCUAAAAGCGCAAUAUAUCGCUCAGCAACGUGGUCAAGAGGGCACGGAUAGCGAAUACGAAGAAGCCAAAGCUGUUACUCAAUCCACCAAGGCAGCAGAAAACCGUCGACGAGGGCUGCGCCACCGUCGCUGCUCUACCGCAAACUACUACGGAAAUGAUGCAUCGAUGCAACGAUUUAGACCCCUUUUGAACUCUAUGCCCUACGAGGCUAUGAGUGGGGACGAAGAAUGCAGAAAAGCAAAAGAUGACGCUAUCCGAUUCGAGAUUACCAAUCUCAGAUGGAGGAAUCCUGCGCCUGAAGUUCGAGCCUGGUUCAAAACCCUGGACGCUCUCCACAUGUCCACGAGAUUCGCUUCCAACGACCGACCAUUAGCCGGUCGAUUCCCUCAUCGUCGCAUCCCAUCCAAGCGAAUGGAGCCUGUUGAUACUCCGGUCCCCAAACUACCUCGGAACUUCUACGACCCUACUUGGCUCGAGACACUUGAUGACAUCGAGCGCGACAUCCUCCAGAUUCAACCAGCGAUUGACCUGAGGUUUUCUCCUCAAAUUUCGUUCUACACAACGGUCACUAAUAUCCACUUAAAUGGAGGCCCAUCGGACAUAAUCACAUCUAAGGGAAGCCUUACGCUUCCCGAGGUUGCGAUGCGUGACCGUGGACGCCGCUACGUGCCUCCUCAUGAUCAGAGUCGCAGCUGCAAGGUUCGCCCAAACGUUAUUAUCAAGAACCACAUCGAAGGUUCCGACCCUCUCAAGCGCUACUUCGACGGGACAAAGAUCUCGAUAACGGAGACUGGCUACACAGGCUGA